AUGAGGUCUGGGAAACUUUCGGCAAAUUCAUCGUCCCUGUACAAAUCAGCAAACCUGAUGUGCCUGUCCACAUCGAAGAACAAGCUCUCCGCCAUUACAAUAUCAGCAUACGUGAGAGUGUCACCACACAAAUAUCUCAAAUGCGUUGCUUUCGAUAAUUCGAGUGCCCUUCUCGUUUCCUCGAGCCCCUGCCUGGCACGAGCCCGAGUUGCAGCCGCACUUUCAUGUGCGUACUUUUUGGCAAAAAGCCAGAGAGCAAAUCUUACAAGCAGGCCCGAGAAGAACCAGCCUCGCAAUGGGCGUGGCAUGUAAGUCUCUUGGGCGAUUUCUGGCUUGUCGGUCAGCUUCUUCACAAGAACGUUGCGCAUGAAGGAAGAUAGAGCGGUUGCAUGCUCAUUGAAUCGAAUAAUAGAAGUAUGUUGGUCCGGAGGAAACAGGGUUUGUCGUUUGCUUUCACGAUGCCCAUCCACGUAUGACGAAAUCGCCACAGAGUCGCGAAUAUAGGAGGCUGAAGAUGCGUUUGUUUUGAAUAUUGGGGCAGUCAGCUUGGUACGGAAGGAAGACAUGCCGAAACGGAAGAAAAAAGGGAAGUAGGAAAGGAGAGGGACGAAUGGUACUUCGUCGACUGAACGACCAGACAAGUGGACAACUACCUUAACAGAUGAAGAGAACGGAGAGCGUCGCAUUGUCCAGAGAGUCCCUAGCGACUUGGCAGAUUCUUGCGAUGGGAUUUGUUCCUUGUUCGAAACAGAAGAGGGCGAACUGGUUGAUGUUGAGCUCUGUGAUUUGGCCAUCUUCAUCUCUCCUUUGGCGGUUUGCCUGAAUUUGAAAGAAAGGGGUGCUGUCGGAAUGGUCGAUAGGCACGGGGUCAAAAUGGAUUUCCUAGCAGAAAUGGCUUUGCGAUAGAAGAGACUUUCGAACGUAGCCUGCGAUUGAAAUGCAUGUUACGGCCGAAUGGUCGGUCUAGCGUCACCUCGUGUACUUUUUUAACUACUUCAUGAGGGACAGGACUGGUGCAGGUGGCAGGCCUCACACGAGCUUGAAUGGUGUGUACUAAGCCAGUACACACUGCUUGCUGGGCAUCUCGUAAGAGUGGACGGAUACAUCAAACGUGUGCGGGUUUCUGUCCCAAAUAUCAAAUUUCCAAUUGUAUUUUAUAUUUCCUGCAAUGUAAAUCCAAUGAGGGGUACAGUUCUGUAC